GAGUAGCAACAGUCGACUCCCCCCAUCUAAAACCCUACGCAAAAGCCUCCUCCUCCGAGUCUCUCUCUUCUUCCGCCAUUGAAGCUUUGCUUCGAUUCGAUUCGAAACCCAUGGCCGCCGUAUCAAGAGGCCUCGUUUCUCGCAUCACUCAGUUUCUAUCGAUCCGAUCUAUAACCCCUACAUCCUCGCAAACUCCUCCCCACUCUAGCUUCUUCCUCAUCCGACGAUUCAGCUCCGACGCUGGAUUACUCGACGGUAAUGAAUCCGAUCCGACUCGGAUCAUCGAGGCGAAACCCGGAGAGAUGUCCCGGAGCUCGAAAAGGACAGGGAUCAUCGCCGUAAAGUGCGGGAUGACUGCUCUCUGGGACAAAUGGGGAGCUAGGGUUCCCGUUUCUAUCCUCUGGGUCGAUGACAAUAUCGUCUCUCAGGUCAAGACCGUUGGGAAAGAAGGCAUCUUUGCGCUACAGAUUGGAUGUGGGCACAAGAAGGCUAAGCAUUUGACGAUGCCUGUGUUGGGCCAUUUCAGAGCUCAAGGUGUGCCGUUGAAGAGGAAGCUGAGAGAGUUUCCUGUGACGGAGGACGCUCUGCUUCCCGUUGGGACUGAACUCGGUGUGCGUCAUUUUGUUCCUGGGCAGUUUGUUGAUGUCACUGGGAUCACUCGUGGGAAAGGUUUUCAGGGAGUCAUGAAAAGAUAUAAGAUGAAAGGAGGGCCGGCAUCACAUGGUUGUUCAAAGGCACAUCGAAAAGGUGGUUCCACUGGUCAAAGAGAUGAUCCGGGAAAGGUGUUCAAGGGAAGAAAGAUGCCUGGGAGAAUGGGUGCAGAGCAGAGGACAGUAAAGAACGUUUGGGUUUACAAGAUUGAUCCUGCCAGGAACCUCAUCUGGGUUAGAGGACAAGUUCCUGGUGCAGAAGGAAACUUUGUGUUCAUAAAAGAUGCAUUCUACAAGAAACCAGACAUCUCAAAGCUUCCAUUUCCAACGUACUUAGCCCCAGAAGACGAGGACCUAUCAGAGUUAGAACCGUUGGUGGCAGAUCUCGGAGAAGUCGACCCAUUUAUGCUGGCAGAGUGAUGAUCGUGAACUUGAUUUUGACCUUCUUUUUAACGUUUUGUGGAAGACAAGAAGCUGAAGGAAGUUGAAUCACAGAGCUAAAGCUUUUUGCGAUGGAAAAUUGUAUUUUCCUAUUUGGUUGUAUGAAAUUGAAAACGAUGGAUAGAGAGGAAUCUAGUCUCGCAUUUGUUGAGUUUUUGCAAUAAGCAAUGAAGAAACAGAGUUCUGGUCUUAUCUUCUUAAAUAUAUAUACAAAGACGUACGUACACAUAA